GUAAACUGAAAGAAGAAGAAGAAGGAGAAGGCGGAAAAGGUAAAGAGAAACGGGGCUCUUUAAACACAAAGGUCUGUUUCUCCAAGCCACACUUGAAAAGCAAGUUAUGUGUGACGCAGAAUUCAUUAAAGAGGAGAGUGAAGACAUGAGUGUUACAGACACCAGCACAAUGAGAAAUGAAGACGCUGCGGAACAAAGAGAUCUAAUGGAACUGGAAGAAACAACGGUAUCAGUAUGUCCUCAUUGUGGAAAGAGAUUGGGAAGUGAAGAGCAGCUUGUGAAGCACAUAAGAAUCCACACUGAAGAAAAGCCCUUCACCUGCCCUCAGUGUGGAAAGAGUUUCUCAAGAAAAAGUUAUUUCAAGACCCACAUGAGAAUUCACACUGGAGAAAAUCUACACACAUGUCUGCAGUGUGGAAAAGGAUUUGCACAAAAAGAUGGUUUUAAAACCCACAUGAGAAUUCACACUGGAGAAAAGCCGUAUGCAUGUGUUCAGUGUGGAAAGAGUUUCACUCAAAAAAGUCAUCUAGAUGUCCACAUGAGAAUUCACACUGGAGAAAAGCCGUAUGCAUGUGUUCAGUGUGGAAAGAGUUUCACAAACAAAAGUAAUUUAGAUGUCCACAUGAGAUUUCACACUGGAGAACGGCCGUAUGCAUGUGUUCAGUGUGGAAAGAGUUUCACAAGAAAAAGUCAUCUAGAUGUCCACAUGAGAAUUCACACUGGAGAAAAGCCGUAUGCAUGUGUUCAGUGUGGAAAGAGUUUCACAAGAAAAAGUCAUCUAGAUGUCCACAUGAGAAUUCACACUGGAGAAAAGCCAUUCACAUGUCUGCAGUGUGGAAAAGGAUUUGCACAACAAAAAGGUCUUAAGAUCCACAUGAGAACUCACACUGGAGAGCGGCCAUACACAUGUGUUCAGUGUGGAAAGAGUUUCACACAAAAAAGUAAUCUAGAGGACCACAUGAACAUUCACACUGGAGAAAAGCCGUAUGCAUGUGUUCAGUGUGGAAAGAGUUUCAGAAGAAAUGGUAAGCUAGAGGACCACAUGAGAAUUCACACUGGAGAAAAGCCAUAUGUUUGUUUUCAGUGUGGAAAGAGUUUCACAAGAAUAUGUCGUCUAGAGGAACACACGAGAACUCACACUGAAGAAAAGCCAUUCACAUGUGUUCAGUGUGGAAAGAGUUUCAUACAAAAAAUCACUCUAGAGGAACACAUGAGAAUUCACACUGGAGAAAAACCAUAUGCGUGUGUUCAGUGUGGAAAGAGUUUUGCAAGAAAAAGUCAUCUAGAGGACCACAUGAGAAUUCACACUGGAGAAAAGCCAUUCACAUGUGUUCAGUGUGGAAAGAGUUUCACUAAAAAAACUCAUCUAGAGACCCACAUGAGAAUUCACACUGGAGAAAAGCCGUAUGCAUGUUUACAGUGUGAAAAGAGUUUCGCAAGAAAAGAUGUUCUUAAGAACCACAUGAGAACUCACACUGGAGAACGGCUAUACUGUGAAAAGAGUUUUGCAAAAAAAGUUCUAGAGAAACACAUGAGAGUUCAUGCUGAAGAGCGCUCAUAACAAUGGCUCCGUUCACACUGUCAGUGUUUGAGAUUGUCUUCACAGAUGUGAUGUGAGUCUUUAAUGUUCUGUUCACAAUCAGCUCACAGCUGAAAUACUGUCUGUGUUCUGAAAACCAUAUAAGGACUUUUGGAUGUCCUUUUUUUCCGUCUCUCUUUUCACAGACGACACCAUUGGUCAGCAAUAUUUGUUAUGUUUACUGUAUUUUUUUAUGUUUAGAGAGUAAGGUCAUGUGCGUUCCCUUCUCUCCUCCUCUUCCCUAGUGUUUCGUUUCUGUUUUGAACCUGCUAAUAAUUACCUUAUAGUGUAAAUAUCCUACAAACAUUAUUCACUGAUUUAACCUCGCUGAAAAUAAACCUGUUGUUUUGCAUUGCACUGUUGCCUUGUUUU